UUGGACGUUCUUUGUGCCGUCUCUCAUCGUUAGUCAGGUUUGGUUUCUUUUAGGUGCUCUAUUUUGCACCUGUUUGGUUUGGUUUGGUUUAGGUGCUCUGUUUUGACCCUGUUUAGACGUCCUCUUUGACGUCUCUCAUCGUUUGCCCAAUUUUGUUUAUUGGUGCUUUGUCUUUUUGGUAUUUUAUUCCUCUUUUCCUCAUGGCUGAAGAGAAGAAGAGUUUGGUGUCUUAUGCUUUUUCCGGAUCUCCUAAAAUUACCUCGGAAAAGCUUGAUGGGAAGAACUAUUUGAGUUGGCGUGAUGCUGUUGACAUUUGGUUUGUUGGUCAGGGAUUAUCUGACCAUCUUUCUACCAAGGUUUCUGACAUUGAUGCUACUAAAAGAGACGAUUGGAAGAAAGUUGAUGCUCAGCUUGUAUCCUUGUUAUGGCAGUCGAUUGAACCGAGUUUGAUGCUUCACUUUCGCACUUACAAAACUUGUUACGACAUCUGGAAGACAGCUGAAACCUUUUAUGCUAAUGAUGUUCAGAGGCUUUAUGAGACAGCUCGAGGUAUAUCAUCUCUUCAUAUGACAGAUACAGAUCUGCCAUCCUAUCUGAAGAAGGCUCAAUCUCUUUGUGAUGAAGUCAAACUGAUGUUGGAAAAGGAUGAUGUAAAGGAAAUGAAAAAGAAAAUUGAUAAUCUGCUCAUGGUACUUGUUCUCCAUGGCCUCCAUAAAGACUAUGAAUCUAUUCGGAAUCAAACUUUGACAAAUCCUGGUAUCCCUACUGUUGCCGAGCUUAUUGGUCGUUUGAUUAGGGUUCCGCCACCAGAGAUUGAUUCUCACACAGCUUCUGAGUCAUCUGUUUUGGCCUCUAACUCCUUUGGUCGAGGUCGAGGUCGUGGAGGCAGAGAUGGAGGUAGAGAUGGAGGUCGUGGUAGAGGAAGAGGCAAUCUUCAUUGUUCCUAUUGCGAUAGGGACGGCCACACUCAGGAUCGUUGCUACCACAUAGUUGGGUUUCCUAACAAAACUGCCACUGUUGCUCAAUCUUCGGUACAUGCUACUGAACAAAAGCUCGAAUCUGAGGAACAUCGUCUUUCUCCUAGUGAAUACAAGGAAUUUCUUCAACUUAAGGCAGCUCAACAAUCCUCUUCCUCAGCCACCGUAGCGCAUGCUGGUAAUUCUACCCUUUGUUUCUCUCAAUCUGCAGGAUCGUGGAUUUUAGAUUCCGGUGCUUCUGAUCAUAUGGCUGGUAAUCCUUCCCUUUUCAAUAAUUUGACACCUCCUAAAGCACCUCAUAGUGUUACUCUUGCUGAUGGAUCUAAAACACAAGUCAUGGGCAUUGGACCGGAGUACAGGGAAGACGAUUGGAGUUGGAUAUGAAUCACGUGGUCUCUAUUACAUGCAACCUCAUCUAUCAACACUAUGCGCAGUCUUUGAGUCUCCUGAUCUUUUACAUCGUCGGUUGGGUCACCCAAGUCUUGAAAGGUUGAAGCAAAUGGUUCCGAAGCUUUCUCAUUUGAAGACAUUGGAGUGUGAGUCAUGUCAACUUGGAAAACAUGUUAGGGCAUCCUUUCCAUCUAGUAUUAGUCGUCCUACAGUAUCACCGUUUGACCUCGUUCAUUCUGAUGUAUGGGGUCCAAGUCGUGUUCCGUCAGUUUUAGGAUUUAAGUAUUAUGUUACCUUUAUUGAUGACUUUUCAAGAUGUACUUGGUUAUUUUUAAUGAAAGAUCGUUCUGAGUUAUUUGAAGUUUUUAA